AAGAAAAGAAAAAAAAACUGAAUGCACUUGUCAAACACAUGUAAACACAGGCAAAGUGAAGAAAAAGUAGAAAUUUUUCCACAGUGCGAAAAAAAUUGAAACGACCUUAAUAGAAAAAAGAGUUUUUUUCUUUAGAAAUAAUUAAGAAAAUCUUAAUUAAAAUCAAAUAAAUUAAACAAUAGCAUUUGAUUAAGCAUGUUGUGUAAAGAAUACAUUAAAUACUCAGUGAAUGUAUAUAAGAAAACAUGGCAAAGUUAAAAAUAUUAUUACGAGGUGAUUAAUGGCAGAAGAGAAAAAAAAGUGAAAUUCAAUAGAAUGACGACGAAAAAACACGACAAUUAUUGAAAAAUCAAAGAAAUAAAAAAGUUAAUAAAAGUUCAUGGAAUAAAAUGAUUACUAACCAAGAUUAACAAACAAAGAAAUUACGAAAAAUCUGUUUAUAAUAAUGCAAUUUACACAGAAAUGAAAAUAUUAAAUAAAUAAAAAACAGUGUUGCGAAAAAAAUUCAACUUAAACAUCCAUAUACACACACACACACAUCCAAACGUACAGCUAGUACUCUCCUCUCCCGGGAGUCUUGGGUUACACUCAUACAAAAAAUAAAAUAAAAAAGAAACAAUUAAUUAUAGCAAUAUUUAGCCACAAGGAAGGAGUAAAGAUUACUCAAGAGUUAAAAAACAGAAAAAUUAAAGAAAACCAUAUAGAGGCGUUUGUUUGGUUGUUUAGCCCAUUGGCAAUGCCUGGGCGUAAGCCAUGGGUUCUCAGACCUUGGAAAUAUUACGUCAAGGCGUCUGGGCCUCUUUAACUGGUGGCUGGUUUUAUGAUCCUCAUCAAAGUGUCUUUUGCAAUGUAGUGCACUUGUAUCUAUGGUUGUUUUUACUCUGUACUCCUUUUGUGGCCUACUUGUAUUUUCCGGAAACAUGGCUAACCUGGUGCAUAUACUGCAUACUCACCAGUGUCACUGUGCUGCUGCUGAAAGUGGCCAACAUGGGUUUGCAUCGUCUGUACGAUCGAGCUCAGUCAAUGUCAGAGGCCAACAUAAAGCAACAUUUUUUCAAGGUUACCAAGGAAACGGCUACAGAAAGAAGUCGUAACAAUGAACCUGGCAUUGAAAUGAAGGUAAUGCAUGUGGGGGAAGAGGUGGAUAUGGCAGCAUCUGUGGAUAAGGCCAUCAAUGAAAUAAGUGCAGAAAAUAGUAUGGUUUCCAUCGACAAUGUCAAUAGUAUAAUUGAUUUAAAAGUCGAUGUUCACCGUAAAAAUAGUUCUGAAUCGAUUGAGUUGAUGUUCUAUGCCCCCUCUAUGAUCUCGGGCAAUAGCCAACAGGAUCAACAGUCAUUAGCUGGCACAGCUAGUAACUCAAAAUCAAUACGUUCCUCGCACACGAUUAGCCACAACAGCCACAAUAACAACAAUAAUAACUCAAUAAGCAUAACAGAUCCACAAGCCAAAUAUAUCUCAGUAUAUCCCAAAGAUAACAGUCCUAUAGCCUCCACAAGUUCCAAUUGCAACAAUAUGCAUGCCACAAAUGCUUCACAAACGAAUGCAUUAAUUGGCCCCAAACCACCACAUUUGGUAAGGAAAUCUUCAGAAAUUGUUAGAGGUCAUCAGCGCAGACGUUUGGAAAGGCAAUCGAGUUUAGAUGCAGCUGCUGAAUCGGCCAUAGUGGCCAAAUUGUUGAGACAAUACUCUGAUACAACAUCCACCUCAAAACCGUUAGCAUCAAGUUCUAUGACCUCCAAUGGAAAUGCUGAAAAAUGUGAUAGUUUUUUACACGCACAAAUAUCGAAGGCUGGUUCUUCUGCUUCCUCGACGGCAACUGGAAAUACUGGUAAUCUAGCACAGGCACAACGAUCAAAUACAACGACUUCAAAUUCGAAUGCAUUAACGGGGUCUGCAACGGGCUCAGCUCUAAAGACGACACGCCUGCAAAGACAUCGCUCUUCGGAAACUCACGAUGAACGUUUAAAGCAACAGCAGAGGGGAAGUAGUAUGGGUGCGGCUGGUGCUGCUCCCAGUGGUGGUAUAUUUCUAUCCAUACAUCAUGAACAUGGUCAUCAUCACCAUCAUCAUAGACAUCAUCACACACAUAGAAGGGGCGGCAGUGGUGGUGCUCCUCCCAUAGCCAGCAGUGGUUCGGUGGUUGUUUUGGGUUCGGGUGUCAAUACCAGUGAUAGUUUCGAUGUCGAUGACAUGGAAUUGGGCUUGGGAGGCAGUGCCAAUGUUGUGGCUCAUGGCAGUCAUCUGAGUGGAGAUGGUAGAAUGAGAGCUUUACCGUCAUGGAUUUUGGGAUCCUCUUCGGAUGUUUUCAUAGAAGACGAUAGUUUUACUAAAUCCGAUUUGGGCAUCGAACAAUUAGACGAUCGUAGCGCCUCAUCCUCCACACGUGUUCAUCCUCAUGCCAAUCAGUAUCGUUUAAAUCAUUCACAUCAAACUGCACGUGGUGCCAACAUAACAAAAGAUCCCAUUUAUACAAUAUCAGCUUUGCAGCUGCACAAACGACCCCGUCGAGAAGGAGCCAUUAAGCGACGCAGACACUCGAAUGCCACUACGUUAUUUAAAACGCCCACAGAUAGUUCCUCAAAUGUUGGCAGCCAGCCGACGACCACUACAACGGUACGACGCAUUAAAAGUGCCGCUUUAGAAGUGGCCUGUCCUCGACCCUCAGUAUCGAAUUUAUGUCCACAUCCCAAUAGUGUGGAGGCCAUCAAUGGCCAACAACAAAUAAAAAAUCCUCAAAAUGCUUUGCUGCCACCGCCCAGCAAGUGUUUAGUACGCAAUCCUCAUUUGAAUUUGUGUCCCAAAUUUGGUGGCAGCUUUGGCGGCAGCUCAACAAACAGUAGCCUGGACUUUGGCUCCACCAACGCUUUAAUAGACCCCGUCUUUGAGCUAAAAGAACAAAAAGAGAAACAAAAAAAUCGGGAAUUAAAGAAAAGCGAAGAUUUGGAGAAGAGUCUGGAAGAGCCUAAAGAGAACAAAACGAAAACGGAAGAUAUUUUGGAUGAUGAAUCUCUGGGUGCAGUGGGUGGUGUGUGUCCCCAUCAUUUUCUGCAUUCGCAUGCCCAUCGGCAGCAUCAUCAUAGUGCCGAAUCGGAUGUGGGUCAGAUAUUGAAUGACAAUAAAAACGAUGAAGACGAAGAUGAAAGUGAACAGCACAACGGUGAUAAUGAUUCGGACAAUAACGAUGAGGAAGAAGAUGAUGAAGAAGACGACGACGAUGAUGAGGAAGAGGAAGAUGACGAUGAUGAAUUUAAGGAUUUCGAUUAUAAUGUCGAGCAUAUUUUGGAGGUUUUAGAACACACCCACAAUCAGCUGGAUGAUGAUUUAAGAAAUCAUCAACAGCAGCAGCAAAAACAAAUUGAAAUGAACAAACUUAAAAUCGAAAAUGAGGUGGAGGAUGCCAGUGUUAUGAAGCCAGAAGAUGAUGAAGAGGACGAGGAUGAUUUGGAACACGAAGGUGGUGCCAUAGCCUUAAGAGAACGUUUACAUUCCACAGAUUCUGAAACAGAUAAUAACGGUUCUAGGUCACCUUUAUUGAGUAGCAACAAGAAGUGGGUGUGCACACCCAAAGACAAGAACAAUGAUAAAGCCUUGAAAGAAGAAGUCAAAGCGGUACAAAAACAAAAGCAUUCCCUUAACAGCAAACAAAUAAAUAUGGCCAAACUGGAGCAGCCAGAUGGAGAUCCACAGGCUGCCCCAGCUGCUGCUGUGGCGGCUCAACAAAAUCAAAAUAAUCUCAGAAGAAAUGAAGCCGAUUCGGGUUGUCCUUCCAGUGAUUGUGAACAAAUAAGUGCCAGUUCUAAAGAUGUCCUAUUGUCCUCCAUGGAAUUGCCAAAAUCCAAUAAAGAUAUUGAAGCAAGUGAAAAAUCGAAACACUCAUUAGACAUGCCUGAAACCUCCUCUAAUUCAACAGCGGUGGGCAAACGUUUAGGAGCCAUACCCAAACAAGUGCAAUAUAGAGAAAUAGAUGAACGUGUGGCCGGGGAUUCUUUGCAAUUGACCGGCUGCUCGCAUAACUAUAAACGUCAUGCUGGCAACUGGAGCUCUGUGGCCCCCUCCAGCCAAUCCACACAAACCUCCUCGGCCUUAAAAGGCAUUUCAAGAACCUCCUCAUCUUCCAAUAGCUCACACAGUGUUAGUGCUGAAUCAUUUACCGCUGAUAUACACAAAAUGUUGUGGCUCAUGCAUGGUGGGGCGGUUGAUGAUCGUGGUAGACCGGUUAAUACGGAAAAUUUUGCCACCAUACCUCCUCCCAAUCAGGGCAACAUGUCAAAUGCUCAUUUGCAGUUCUAUCAAGAUGCUUUGAAAGCCUUAAACUCUGCUUCCUCGGCUGAAAGACUGGCCUUAACCGAACGCUUGUAUCACCGAGAGCAACUGCUGAGACGCAGCUCGCGCCAACGCGAUGCGGAUUCAAAUCACAGCAAUGCCAUAGAACAGUGGCAUAUUGAUAGCAAUGAAACGGUGCCGCACAUUAUAGCAUCAAACGGUUCUCGCUCCACUCCCCUAACACAAGUCAUGAUCGAUUCACCUUCCUCUUCAAAUGUAUUAAAUAAUCGUAAUGUCAGCACCGCCACCACGGUAUCGUUAAAGGGCUUCAUCCAAGAAAUCAUUAAUGAUGAAUUGAGGAAUUUGGGUUCCGCCCAGAGGGUGGGCUCUACCCCUUUGACGGCUGCCAACAAUAAUGCCACCAUGGCUGCCAUACUCAAUGUCGAAGGUCGUCAUAUAGAAAACUAUGAGUAUUGGCGUCCAGCCUGCAUGUUGACCGCGGAGAAACCCAUUGCGCCAAAAUCAUUCUACAAAUACCGCUUUAAGCUGGGCAACUAUAAGCAAGAAUUUAAAAUCUCCAUGGAUCGUUUAGAGCUGUUGGCCUUGUUCGAUCGUGAUAUUCAUUGGAUACACAUCCUGCUGUCGGUGUUACUCAGUGCUGCCGUGGCCUAUUUGGGCUCAUCCAUACUACAGCACAACUACUAUAAAGAUGUGUUCGCCUUUUUGUUUUGUGCUGUCAUAGCGGGUUCACAAUAUUCUCUACUGAAAAGUGUACAACCAGAUGCUGCCUCUCCCAUACAUGGCUUCAACAAAACAGUGGCCUACUCACGCGCCAUAUACUUUUGCAUGUGUUCGGGCUUAUUGCUGAUAUUUCAACGUUUGAAAGUUGAAUACGAUGGGGCCGCGUUGAAGGGAGAACCCCAGCCGGAAUAUACAUUUUUCGGUAUAGAGUUUCAACCCGCCCAAGUGAAUGGCUUGGUUUUACAAGCUCUCUAUAUAUUUUUAUUAAGUUUUCCACUGAUAUUCUCGUUGGGUUUGUUUCCACAAAUCAACACGUUUACCAUGUAUCUAAUGGAACAGAUUGAUAUGCAUGUGUUUGGCGGUAAUGCUGCGGGCAGUUUGAUGGGUUCUGUUUUAUGUGUGAUACGUUCAUUUUUGGGUGUCAUGCUGCUAUACGGUCCUCUAUAUGCCGCCUUUAAUGAAGGCAAAGGCACUCAGCACAUAAUAUUCUCCAUAUUUUGUGCUCUCUUGGUACCUUUGGGCUACCAUUUGUCUCGUUCGGCCAGUGAUUUUAGCCAUAUCUGGGCUAUAGUAAAGAAUUGCAUAAUGUCCACUUACCACGAAGAUGACGACGAGUUAAGCAGCACCAGCACACAAAAAUUAACCUCCAGUACUCCUAAAAGAAAUUCCACAAACAAGAAACGUGAUGAGGAAAACACACAACAAAGUGAAAAUAUCGAAAUGUCUUCUUUAGAGAAAAUAGGUGAAAAUAAUGAAACUCCCGAGGAAGAGGCGGAUGCUGAUAAAGAUCCUAACUCUUUAACACAAAAACGUAGCAAAUCCAAGGCCUCUUCACUAGGCAGCAGUAGUCAGACUUUGGGUAAAACCUUGUCUACCAGCAAAAAGGCCAUAACAGCUUCUUCCAGCUCGUGUAAUUCCAAUUUGGAAACCGAACCCAAUAUUAAAGAGGAAGAGGAAACAGAGCAUCAUCAAAGCAAAAAGGAAAAUACCACAAAUCCCUCAAAGGAAACCGAAGCAGAUAAAAUGUCCACUUCCUCCACCACCAAUCCCGCCGAAAUGUCUACUUUGACGGGUGUCAUUAAUGAAAAUGACAAUGAAGUGUUCACCAUGAAUUGUAAUGAUGUCUCUAAUGCCGAAACCGAAAGUAGUUCCGAUCCAUUGCCCAAAAAGCUGCAAUACACUGUAAAUACACGUUUGAAAAAUGAUUUUGUGGUGACUAUCUUCUUGGCUGUGGUUGUGUUGGGCUUGCAUUGCAGUACCGUGUUUACGGUAUUGCAGCCCGAUUUAAAUAUAGUAUUAUAUGGUUUUACCGGAGCCCUGGGCUUUCUCUUGCACUACAUUAUACCGCAAAUGCGCAAACACAUGCCCUGGCUGUGUUUUGCCAAACCUUUGCUGCGGCAAAAGGAAUAUGGCCGCUAUGAGGUGUGUCAUGCUCCCAAGAUUAUGUGGUUUGAAAAGUUCUAUAUUUACUUGUGUUUGCUGGAGAAAAAUGUGUUAUUUCCCUUGUUGGCCAUAUCGGCUUUGACAGCGGAUGCCUCGGUUAUAGCGGCCAAAUAUGGCAUAGCCUGGGGUACUUUAAUAGUGGCGGUUUGCGCUUUGAAAUUUAUACGCAAUGCCUAUUCGGAUCCUACCAACCAGUACCUGAUCGUUAUGUUUACGGUAUUAUUCUUUCGCAUUGAUUUCGCCGUGGCUUCGGAAACCUUUCUCAUCGAUUAUUUUUUCGUUUCGCUGGCUUUUAGGAAGUGCUGUGAUUUCUUUUUGAAGCUUCAAUUUAUAGUCACUUAUAUAGCACCUUGGCAAAUAACUUGGGGUUCAGCAUUUCAUGCUUUCGCCCAACCCUUCAGUGUGCCCCAUUCGGCCAUGUUAUUCUUACAGGCUGGCAUUUCCUCAUUACUCUCAACACCCCUGAAUCCCUUUCUGGGCAGUGCUAUAUUCUUGACAUCCUACGUGCGUCCCAUAAAAUUCUGGGAACGUGACUACAAUACCCGUCGCAUAGAUCACUCGAAUACACGGCUUAGCUCACAACUCGAACGUGAUUUGGGGGCCGAUGAUAACAAUUUAAAUUCCAUAUUCUAUGAGCAUUUGACACGUUCCCUACAACAUUCGCUGUGCGGCGAUUUGCUCAUGGGCCGCUGGGGUAAUGUUAAUCAGGGUGAUUGUUUUGUUUUGGCUUCGGAUUAUUUAAAUUGUUUGGUCCAUAUCAUCGAGUUGGGCAAUGGUUUGUGUACCUUUCAAAUGCGCGGUUUGGAAUUUAGGGGCACCUAUUGCCAACAGCGUGAGGUAGAGGCCAUAACAGAGGAUGUUGAGGAUAAUGAUGGUUGUUGUUGCUGUGAUCCUGGUCAUUUGCCUCGUAUGCUUAGUGCCAAUGCCAUGUUUUCUACACGUUGGCUGGCUUGGCAGGUGGUGGCUUCCCAGUAUGUAGUGGAGGGCUACUCCAUAUCGGAUAAUUUAGCCAGUGCUACAUUGCAAGUAUUUGAAUAUCGCAAGGUUUUGAUAACCUAUUAUGUCAAGAGUAUUAUUUAUUACGUUAUUAAAAAUCCCAAAUUGGAUGAAUGGUUAAAUUCAGCGGUUAUACAGGAGGCCUUACAGCACACCAUGAGCCGCCAAUUUGUGGACUUGGAUCCUAUUUUUAAUUUUAAUCUAGAUGAGGAUUUCGAUUUUCGUGCCGUGGGCAUAACACGCACCAGUUUUUGUUAUGUCUACUUGAGUUGGUUGAAUUAUUGUUAUGACAAACGCAAGGAAUCUCUUAAUACCACACAGAACCCUACACAAAAUCCCACACCCACUUCGGGUCAGGGUGUAACCACCCAGCAGCCCCAACCAACGGCGGCAGCUUCUACCAGUACUUUGGCUAGCACGCCCAAUCUGUCGACGGCCCAGCAGAAGUCUCAGUCUCAGCAGCAGCUAAAAAUCAGGCCCCAGAAAAGUGCCACCAUGACUGGCAGUAAUGAGGGUGUAGUCAAUUCGGUAGACCAAAUGGCCACCUCACACUCCUUGGCCAACAUCUCACGCCAGACCUCAGAAAGUGCCCCUGGAUUAACCUCCACUACUACCCCUUUAACUAGAUCCAGUAAAUCGGCUCCCUCGGGCAGUAAGCAUGGCUAUCAAAAGGGUGACUACUCACCCUCGGCUAGGCAAGAAGCUAGAGCCGCCUCGGCUGAACCUUCCAGAGGAGGAGCCGCUCAAGAGAAACCUCCACAAAUCAAACUAAAAGUACCUUCCAUAGCUAAAGACUCGCCCAUAGUUUCACUUUGUUUGGCUUUAAGCCUUUUGGCGCGCCGUUCCUUGGCUACUGCUUCGCACAGCUCGCUCACCGGUGUAGAAUUCUUUCUGCACGGCCUUCAUGCUCUCUUCAAGGGAGAUUUUCGCAUAACUUCGCCCCGGGACGAAUGGGUAUUUGCUGAUAUGGAUCUGUUACAUGCCGUGGUAGCUCCGGCCGUUAAAAUGGCCCUAAAACUGCAACAAGAUCACAUCUCUAAUCCCGAUGAAUUUCGGGAUCCCGAUGCUCUAUUCGAAGCUAUUGAUACCUGUUCCAAAGAUUUGGUUAUAUCCCAUGAAGCCGAUCCCGUGUGGCGUAGUGCGGUUUUGAGGGGAGCUCCCAAUCUGCUGGCUCUGCGUCAUGUUAUGGAGGAUGGUUCCGAUGAAUACCGUAUUAUACGUUUAACAAAACGUUUCCUGACCUUUCGUGUUAUAAAACUUAAUCGUGAAUGUGUGCGUGGCUUGUGGGCUGGCCAACAGCAGGAAUUGAUUUAUCUGCGCAAUCGUAAUCCCGAACGGGGCAGCAUACAAAAUGCCAAGCAAGCUUUAAGGAAUAUAAUAAACUCUAGCUGUGAUCAACCCAUAGGUUAUCCCAUUUAUGUUUCGCCCUUAACCACUUCGUAUGCGGACACUAAUGAACAGCUAAAAGAUGUUAUAGGAGGUCCCAUAACGCCGGAAGCCAUCAAGACCAACAUUUUGGAAUGGUGGCAUCACAUCAGAGAGAAAUGUCGCCAGGGCUGUAGCUCGGGUUCUUCGAUAGAAACUACCCAUUUGGGUUUACCCUCUGGAGCCUGUAGUAAUCUGGGCGAAAGUGGUGAUUUAAGACCAGUUUAUAUUUCGCCACCCAUUUAUAACACACUGACCGCUAGUACAAUGUUUAGUUUAGCCGCUACGGGAGUACCUGGAGCUACUUUAAGCUCACAAUUUGGCAGUGAUGGCUUAUCGUCCAUGCGCAGCUCCAUAACCGUCAUAAAACCCUCCUCCACCACUUUGUUGGCGGGCCUGCUCAAUCGCGAACAGGAGUUGCUAAGAGAGGCCCGCUCAACCACCAACAAACAACAGCUUUCCUCUUCCAGCAUUAGAUCUUCCGAGCGCGAGCGUAGAGCUACUCUACCCAUAGCCAGCACUAGUUCCGUAUUGCCCGAAGUCAUUAAAGAUUCAGAUGAUUCUACGCAGACUUUGGAUAAAGAUGCCUCGAAUGAUAGUGUGGCUGGUGGUGGUGGGGGAGGUUGUGUUGGUGUGGGGGCAAAUUGUGCAGCUUCUGGUAGCCCGCGUUAUACAAAAAUCUAUUGUUCCUCGGGCAAUCUUGGUAUUGGUAAUAUAAUUACUAAUCCCGGUGAUUACCCGCGUAAAACAAAAGGUCCUAUCUGUUUAACAGCGGCUGCAGCAGCCGUGCAACAAAAUUCCCCUCAAACAAAUGCCAAUACAAAUCAAACGGGCCUCGCCAUAGUGGCAGCCGCCGGUGAAGUACAAGCCUGCUCCAGUAGAACAACAUCAGAACAGCAAACGGCCCAGCCUAGAUUUGCUUUAUUCGAGAAGGUUAUCAUAGUGGAUGAAAGAGAGAUCUUCCAUAACAUCGAUCAAUGCCGGCGCAUUGUUUGGCCCUUUGAAGCUUUACGCCGCAAGGGUGGCCGUUUGUCAUGGGAUGGCUGGGAACCUCGGGCCGGCAUGGUGGGCUAUGUCAUACACAUUUGGCGGCCCAAUCAUCCCAACAAAAUGUAUCGCACCCCCCUAAAUCGUGAUGUCUAUCUCAUAGAGAUUGGUAAAAACUAUGUUCCUGUAACUGCCAGCGGUCUAAGACAAUACAAUCAAGCCAUGGAUAGCAGCCAAAAAGAAUUGGAAACUUCACGCCGUAACUCCCUGCAAAGAGAAAUGACUGAACUGAGGCAGCAGCAAGCCGAUCGUGGCCUCACGCCCAUCUUAGGCAGUAGUCUAGAAUCGCCCACCUCUCUAAUGGCCGAAGGAGGAGGACGCAAUUCAUCGUUGGGCAACAAAUCCAAAAUACAAGCGGUGAGUAGUAGUUCGUCUGAGGACGAAAGUUGUCUAUUGAAUUUACAAAAAGAACGCCAAGAAGAAUAUCUAAAGAAUCUAUGGCAACAGGUCGUAGAACAAGAACAAACUAUAAAAGAUGAAAUACAAAAUGCUACUGCUACGAAUGUAACAAAUACAAAAAAUACCACAAAUCAGCUAGCCAGAGAUCAAACUACAAAUACAGAGGAUAUAGAAACACAACUUGUUAAAAAUAAAACUAUACAAACAGUUAACAAACAGACUGAAAACAUUAUAACUGCCCCGCCCCUAACAGAAGAACAAAUGCUAGCCAAAGAGUCUGCCUCAGAUGACUCGGGUAAUAGUUGUGCUAAAGAGUUGGUAGAACAGCUGGUAGAUCAUGUGGUAGAUGAGUUGUGUGUCAAAGUAGAAACUGAAAUGGAUAUAGUAGACUCACCGAAAAUAGUAGAGGAAGAGAAUCAUGUGAAAAUUAUUGAAAUUAAGGGCGACAAUAUUUCGGAUAUAGUGGGGGAAGAGGAAGUGGAUGAGGCGGGAAAUGUUAGUAUAGUGUAUAGCAUUUAAAUGUUGUACCUGCAAAACGGUAUUAAACAAAUUGAGAGGAAAGGGGCAGGGGGAUCUUUUAAAAAUGAGGAGCGUUUUACAGAAUUCUUGAAAAUUAAAGUGUAAAACUGUUUUGGUUUUGCUUUUCCAAUAGUUUAAAACUCUUUGCCUUUGGAACUAAGCAAAAUUAGUUCGAUAUAAACAAAAAUUUGAAACAUAACCUGCAAAACAUGGUGGGCAAACAUAACCACACAAAAAAAAAUUCAAAUUGGAUUUUAACACUUUUUUGUAGCUGAACUUGUAAAGUACAGUUGUAUUUAUACUUUUAUAGAAUUUUCAAACUCUUCGCUAUUAAAAAUAAGCAAAAUCAGUUCGAUAAAAACAAAAAUGUUAAGCAUAACCUAACAAAUUAAGUUAAAAACUCCAUUUGUAUUGAAACAGAUUAAUGAUGUUUAGAAAAGUAAGCUAAAAAGGCAGAUUUAUGAUGGUCAUGAUCCAAACAAUUUAAUAAUUAAAGUAUUUUGGAGCAUAACCUAAAAAAAAUUGGAUAAAACCUCUAUUUUGAUAAUUUUUCGAAAAUUUUGUUAAUUUUUGUUAAAUUGAAACAUACUUUUUCUUUAUUCUAGAGGUCUUCAGUCUUGGGCAUUAAAUAUGAGUGAAAUUAGCUCAAAAAUUAAAAAUUUUUGAAACAUAACCUCAAAAAAAAAAAAAAACGGAAGAGUAGCUCAAUUUAGUUAAUUUUUGUUUAUAAUUUCUUAAAUUAAAACUGAAUUAUGAAGUUUUCUAAAGUUCCUUACACUUUGGACUUAAAUGCGAGUGAAAUUAGUUGAAUUAUGAAAAAAUGGAAAUUUAACCUCAAAAAAAGGAAGAAAAUU